UUCCUGCCACAAUCAUAUGUUACUUCACAUAAAAAAUCCAGGCGACAUGGAAGGCUCUGACAAACAAUAUCCCUUACUGUCUCUUACACAAGUUUUGCCUCUCUGCUUCUUAUUAUUAUGUUUUACGGUCCAAACAGGCGAAGCUUUGAGCAAGAAGGUCUCUGGGAUAUACGUCUUUGGAGACUCCACAGUAGACCCGGGAAACAAUAACUUCGUCAAUACACCUUUCAAGGGCAAUUUCCCACCCUAUGGCAGAGAUUUUCCCAAUCAGAUUCCCACAGGAAGAUUCACUAAUGGAAAACUUGGCACUGACUUUGUUGCAUCAUAUAUAGGUUUGAAAGAUUUAGUGCCGCCAUAUUUGGAUCCAAAACUCAGCUACAAGGAUCUUAUCACAGGAGUUAGUUUCGCUUCUGCUGGUUCUGGUUUCGACCCACUUACACCAACUUUUAGUGGUGUGAUUCCAAUACCAAAGCAACUGGAAUAUUUCAAAGAAUGCAAGAAGAGAUUGGAGAAAGUGCUUGGGAAGCAAAGAGUUGAGAAACAUAUGAACGAGGCUGUAUUUUUCAUAAGUGCUGGCACAAAUGAUUUCGUUGUUAAUUAUUUCACAAUUCCAAUACGAAGAAAGAGCUACCACCUCUUGGCCUAUCAGCAAUUUGUGCUUCAAAAUGUCAAAGAAUUCAUACAGAACUUAUGGGCAGAAGGUGGCAGAAAAUUUAUGGUGGCUGGGUUACCUCCUAUGGGAUGUUUGCCUGUAAUGAUAACCUUAAACUCUGAUGAUGCCUUUAUGGAACGAGGUUGUAUGGACAAGUUUUCCUCUGCUGCAAGAGAUUACAACCUUAUGCUUCAACAUGAACUACGUUUCAUGCAACUCAACAUGUCUAAUUCUGGUCUUAAGAUCUCUUACAUCGACAUUUAUGGUCCCCUGGAUAGUAUGAUUCAUUCGCAUGACAGUUUUGGGUUUGAAGAGGUUGAAAGUGGUUGCUGUGGAAGUGGAUACAUUGAAACAUCAUUUCUUUGCAAUAAGUAUUCUUCUGUAUGUUCCGAUCCUUCAAAGUAUCUGUUUUGGGAUUCAAUCCAUCCCUCCGAGAAGGCAUAUCAUAACCUCUUCUUGGCCUCUCGUCCCACAAUCGAUGCCCUAAUCAAUCAUUAAUGAAUGGGAUUAAUUUUUGUAUAAUUAAAAUUUCUUGAGAUAAUCGUUAUUAUUAGAUUGCAAUUGACAUUAAUAUAAUUUAUCUAAAAGUUUAUUUGAAAUUUGAAA